CCAGGGCCAACAAAGCUCUCCCUGACAAGGGACGGGCGGAGGCGUCGCUCCUAGAACGCGCCUGCGCGCGGGAAGCUCAGCGCACGCGUAGCGGCGCGUUUCCAAGGCGGUAGUUGAGGCCGCGGGCCGGCGGAGCCAUGUCGGUGGGGCUGCUGAGUCCGGAGCCGGCAGGGAGCGGCGAGUCUGAUGUCUUUGAAAUUGACCUUCCCAUCACGAUCUUUGUGCUGAGUGAUGAUGAUUUUCUAGGAAGUGAAGAUGAAGAGGAGGCAAUUUUGAGUGGCGAUGAUAUUUUGAAGAGUGAAGAAGAAGGGGUGGCCACUUCGAAUGAUGAUGAUCUCCCAAAAAAAGGCAAAGAGGAAAAGCAGGUGCCUUCAAGUGGUGGUGGUGAUCUAAGGAGUCAGGUGCAGCCCCACUUGAAUGAAGAUUAUGUUCUAAAAUGUCCAGAGGAAGAGCAGGUUACUCUGAGUGUGUUUGAGAAAUCAAAUUCAGCCCAAAUUUCUUUAAGUGAUCAAUACGCUCUGGGCAGUCGCAAACCCAGCCAAAAUGAUGUGUCAUGCCUGGCAGCUCCCAGAAUGGACCCUGGAGAGGUAAAUGGAUGUGUCGAAAGCAAGGAUGACAUCGAUUGCCAAAAGGUUGCUGUUCCUCUCUCAUGUGGUGACAAUAAGGAUAGAGAUGGUCUGACUAUUGAGACAAAUAGGCAGCUGAUUCCAGGAGCAAUUUUUAAAGAUGGAAAGGAACAUGAGACUUCUGCAAUCAGUUCCUCUGACAGCAAUCAAGAGUGCCAGCCAGCACUCCAUUGUAAAGAAGCAGAGAGAUGUGUUGAGACUGAAGGUACUGUCCCUUUAGAGAAGGCAAAGAAUAAAACUGAUGACAGAACAAGAAAGAGAAAUGGCUCUACAGAUGAAACUCUGAAUUGUGGAAUAGAUAGCAACUUUGAAGAUCUGAAUGCUGUAGAAGAAAUAGAGCAAGUCCAAAGUAUUUUUUUUACUUGUAUUAAUGGUGACUUUUCUACAGCAGGAGAGUUGCUAGAAGAUGUAGGGGACUUGGCAAUGAAUGCUUGUGAUAAUCCCGGAUUAAAUAUUUCUGAAGAGCUUAUUCAUCAGUCUGUAAUUCAUUCUCCCAGGGAGAUGGAUAAGCGAGAAGAUUGUGAUUUUUCUCAUGUGAUUAUAAAACACCCAAAUGUAAAGCAUCAGGAAGAGACAUUCCUACUAGGUAAUGAGCAUAACAGUGAAGCUGUUUCUAUGGGAUUUUGUUCUACCUACAAGAAUGAGAAGACACUGAAUCUGAAAUGCAGGUUUUGUAGCUGUGUGUGUACAAGUAAAAAUAUUCUAAAGAAACAUGUUUGUUCAGCACAUCAAGAUAAAAAAAUUCACAAAUGCUGCUUUUGCCAAAGAAGCUUUUUCUUUUCUGUCAACGUUAAACGCCAUCUUAAAUUUCAUAAGAAAAUGACCAGGUUGAAAAAGACAAGAAAAGGUAGAAGUAUGAACACUGAAAAAGCCAGGAAGGAGAACCCAGCAAAAACACAAUCUGCGAAUAAAAAAAAGGAAAGUAAGUAUGAGAAAUUUUUCAUCAGAAUUGAAAGGGACUGUAAAACUGUAGAUGCUCCAGUUAUUUUUUCUUGUAAAAUUUGUCUCUUUGCUUCACCAGAUCCUAAACUUUUUGUUUAUCAUAUGAAGGGACAUAAAGGCAGACAGCCUUAUCAGUGUCCCCAGUGUGACUAUUCUUGUGUUAGCUUGUCCUAUAUGCUAAAUCACAUGUACUGGCAUGCUGGCUAUAGACUGUACAAAUGCAGGUUCUGUACAUUUUUUUCACUGUAUUUUGCAAGCAUGGUGAAACACAGUUACAUUCACACAGGGGCUAAGCCAUAUUCCUGUGAAUUCUGCCAGUCGUCAUUCACAAGCACAAGUGGCUUAAAGAGACACACAAAUAUACAUGUUGCCAAAGAAUUGUGCCGAGGGCAGCAACACUUUGGCUUGCCUGUCGAGGGGAAGAGAACUAAAAGUCCUCCAAAGAGCUAUACAUGUGAUCAGUGUAACUUAGUAUUUUACAGUAAAGGACUACUCUGCUUUCAUGAGAAAUUUCAUAGCCAAGUUAAAGGCUGUGAUGAGAUGUUUGCAAAUGAGAGUAAUGAAUACAAUAAAAGCAAAGCAUGUACAGAUGACGAUUACCAAAAGGACUGGGUUUCUUCUGGUUCUGACAAUAAAUGGGAUGAUCACCUGCUUAAUGGGACACAUGAAAUGCUGGCUUCAGGAGCAGAACUUGAACAGGAUAAUGAAUUUGAGAGGGAUAUGAAUAUAUGCUCUGGCAAAAAAAUGUGCCAAAGCAGCCAGGGAACCAACAAUUUGCCUGUUGUGAGAACUGGAUCAGAAACUCUUUUCAGUAUUUACAAGAGCGAGCAAUGUGAUUUAGUGUUUUGCAAAGAGAAGCAUCUGUUUUUUCAGAAGAUCGCUCAUUCACAAGUUCAAGAAUGUAAUGAGAUUGUUACAAAGGCUCCCAAGGCUGAGGAAAAUGUUAAGUGUAUUGAUGUACAGACUCCUGUUGGGACUUCUCACAAACUGUUCAAGUGUCAACAAUGUGAUUAUGCCACUUACAUUUUUAGCAACCUUAAGCUGCAUUUUAGAAUACACACUGGUGAAAAACCAUUUGAGUGUAAAGAGUGCAACAAGAUGUUUCGCACCUCCAGCCAUUUGCGGAGACAUAGUCUUAUGCACAUAAAGAAAGGUCAUGAAAGUGGCCAUUGCCAUUAUUUGGGCAGCACUUCAGACAAUCUUAAACUGCACUGUGAAAUACGUAAGGGCACCUGCCCUAAAAGGGAAGAUCUUAGUUCCUCAAAAGACUUAAAGUGUGUCCGUUCCAUAUGCAGCUCAGAAAACCUUCAGAAACAGAUGGAUGUUCAUGAGGGCAAAGAAAAUGAACAUGUUCUACCAUCACAAAGUUUUCCACAACUUUACAAGUGUGAACAGUGUAAUUACAUCACUUACGUUUUAAGCAACCUCAAGCUACACACAAGGAUUCAUACAGGUGAAAAACCCUAUGGCUGUGACACUUGUCAGAAGAAGUUUCGUACUUCAGGUCAUCUAAAUCGACACAAGCUUGUGCAUUUAAAGACGGAACGCCUUAAGUGUAGGAACUGUGACUAUUCAACAGACAAAUGGCAGUCCCUUAAGUGGCAUUUGGCUUCACACUCGGAUGAAAAAAACCUGGUUGGUAGCAAAGUCAAAGCGCAAUCACUGCUACCUGUCAAAAUAUACAAGUGUGAAGAGUGUGGCUAUGCUACUGCCCAUAGUGGAAACUUUAAGCAGCAUUUGAGAAUUCAUACAGGUGAAAAGCCAUACAAAUGUGAUCAGUGUGCUCUUGCUUUCCGCACUUCUAGCCACCUGAAGCGCCACUUACUAACUCAUUUAAAGUUACGCUGCAACAAGUGAGUUUUCCACCAUAGAUAAAUGUGCUCUAGAGAAACAUGUAAAAACACACAAGGAUAAAAAAAUGUACACUGCACUUUUGGCAUUUGUAACACUUUCCACCAUAUAUCUCUUAGAGAAACAUAAGAAACAUCAUUUAAAAACUGGAAAAUAAAACUGGGAUUUGUUAAAAUUCCUGAGUUACAAGCUUGGAUCUAGGAAGUUUUGCAGUAGUUUGAACUUAUACCAUGGCAGAAGAGCACAAUUUCUUCCUCUUUUCCCUGUACCCCACCUAUAUGAAAUGCCUUCACCUGGCACUAGGUAAAAUUGACAUGGUAAUGAUUAUGGACAAGACUCUUGGGUAUUCCCACAGUGUAUAGAGUGGAAGUCUGGGGAUGGUGUGGAAUGCUGACAUAAAACACUGCCCUACUGCUAUGAGCAUUACUUCCACUACUGCGUUAAAGAAGCCUCAGAGCUGUUUCUAAAUAAAAGUCACAAGGGGCUGUUUUAAACUAGCUCAGAUUGGAAUGUUCAGACAAACUUCUGCUAGUGCUCAUCCAUUCAGUAAGCUCAUGUCCUACCACUGUCCUGUCAGCAAGGAGAGGGUUUGAUGUCAGCGCUCCUACAUUGGCUGUACUCCACUGCUGGGUCACCCUUACACUAAGAUCUUCCCUGUCCCACUUACUUGAGUUUUACAACCAAAAUAUGCUAUGUCUUUCUGAAAAGAAUUUAAAUCAAAUUCUUCUCUGUUACAAAUCAGUAAUCUGUAGAUCAAAAAUCUAGUUAAAAAUUAGCCCUCCUGCAACUACUGAUAUUGCCAUGCCUACCUAAUACUGCAAGAGGACUGAAUCAAGAGGAUGACUUAUAAAACCACUAGUUACGGUAAUUGAUUAUAGAAACGUAGUGGGCAUGUUUCUGUGUGUGUGUAUAUACACAAACAUCCUAGAAGACAGGUUACUAAUAAGGAUUCAGCAUUGAUGAGUGCUGCUGCAUCAGUAGCUUUUGAGGCUUAACUCUUGAUUUGGAUUCUUGAGUAGAAAUGUUCUUAAAGUUUUGUAUUGCUGUCCUUCAAAGGCCUAAUCCUGUAAAAUACUGUACCCCCUCAAAGCACUUUGCAAGAUAAGUUCCAAACUGUUUGCAAGAAAUGAAGUAGGAAGCAGAAGAUACAAAUAAUGGAUACCUCCAACCUACCAUUUGAUGCCUGCUUUCCAAGUGUUCUGUUGCAUAUCAGAAAAUCUCCUUCAUUAAGAGGAUUUGAUGGAAAAGCUGUGGAUCUAUUAAGAUCCCUACAGUUUAAACUGUCUCCUUUAAAGGAGACUUUACUAGAGCUGCUUGUUUGCUUAUGUUCUUUGUUGUUACAGGUCAUUCUCAAUGAAGUGUUUAUUCCAAAUGUCUGUCUGAUUGUGACAAACUUUUUUAUUUAUUUUAGAUGAAGGAAAUGACUCCGUUGAUUUAAAUACAUUUGGCAAAAUGCUGGUAUAUUUUUCAGAAAUAUUCAAGUUUAUACUUUUCAGUGCUGCUUGUAUCUUUUGAAGAUUCCUCUGUUAGCCCUCUACAAAGGACAAAUAAGAGAAAUAUGUAGUAUGUAUAUUUCAGCAAUUUGUAUUAAACAGUUUAAUGUUUGUAAAA